UCUAAUGGGCUAAUGUGGUUGAUUUAAUUAUUAGAAGUACUGUUGUGCUUCAGAUUAAUGAUUAAAGAUGCCGUUACUUCCCAUGAUGUUAAACGAUCAUAAAAUCGCUUCUUGACUCUCAUAAACUGGAAUCAACUUUACAGCCUUCUCUCCUUUCACGAGGGCUAAUCCACCGUCUGCAUAUCUACACGUUACCUUGAUUUAUCACUGGAAGAUGCACGCUGGACGUGUGUAUCUGUUUUGCAGCGUCCGGUUUGAACGUGCUUGCCAUUGUGCUUGAGAACUUAACACUGCCGUUUAGAGUGAGUGAGGAGGAGGCUCGCUCCUCUUCUGUAAGGACGACCAGCAGCACCAAAAUAUCUCUGCAAUGCCAGGACGGCAACAUGCUGGAAGUGUGUUUAAGAAUAGACCCACAAUGGGGGCUCGCUCCUGUCUUCCGUUGUCUGAGGACAGACGGCAGUUGUCUGCAGGGUACAGAGGCAGAGGUAAGACAAGAGGAUCUGCGUGGUCCAGAGGAGAGAAUCCCCGUGUCAGACUGUCACUGGAAACCUUGUGUCCAACCUCCUGGAGGUUAUUGUGCCCCUGGAAACAACUCUGCCCCUGGGAAAGGGUAGAUGUGGGAAGAGGAGAAGAACGAUAGUUGGAUAAGGUUUGAGCUGCUGGCUUAGUUUUCGCUGUGGCCUGGAACCUGAGGACCAGAAGAUCAAGUGCGUAAUCAUGGCUGGACCAAGUGCUUCUGAGAUCAUCUUUAUCUCUGUCAAUCACAGCAUCACUUUGAUGGGGAAAGUGUGGCUCAUUGUGAUGCUCUUCCUCCGCAUCCUGAUCCUCCUCUUGGCUGGUUACCCUCUCUACCAGGACGAGCAGGAGCGAUUCGUGUGCAACACCAUUCAGCCUGGUUGCGCCAACGUGUGCUUCGAUCUGUUCUCCCCCGUCUCUCUCUUCCGCUUCUGGCUGGUGCAGCUCGUCACCUUGUGUAUCCCUUACUUCAUCUUCAUCAUCUACGUGGUUCACAAGGUGUCCAAUGGCCUCACCGUGGAUCUGAACACCUCCGGUCACAUCAGCGCCACGCCACUGUUCAAGAUCCGUCAGGAGCCGUUCAGCAAGAGGUCCGUGAACAAGGCACCUCUGGUAGCUGAGGGCUUCACAGGAGGAUACAUCCUACACCUGAUGUUUCGGACCUUGCUGGAGGCUGGGUUUGGAGCUGCUCACUACUAUCUGUUUGGUUUCUACAUCCCCAGGAGGUUCCUGUGCCAGCAUCCACCGUGCACCACCCAGGUGGACUGCUACAUCUCCAGGCCCACGGAGAAGACCGUGAUGCUCAACUUCAUGCUUGGCAUGGCUGCUCUGUCCCUUUCCUUAAACGUGUUGGAUUUCAUCUGCGCGAUCAAGCGCUCAGUGAGGCAGAAGAUCAAGAAGAAGAUGAUGAUGGAGAAAAUAUAUGAGGAAGAGCAAUGUUUCCUCUCAGGCGGGGAAACUUCUAAGGGAAUGGACAUAAAUGCCCCCCUGGCUCAGCAGGAUUUAGAGGGGGACGCUGGUCAAAUGGGGGGUUUCCGGAAGAGGAGAGGUAGCGGAGGGGGGGUGCUUGCUUUAGCUCUAGAGCCACCUCUCUUGGAGAACUCCUCUCUUUCCCGCUCUCCGGGAUCCACAGGUUGCAACACCAACGGGAACAACGGCUAUUCCGUUACCCAAGAGGAGCAUCCGGAAAGGAAUGGCAGUGAGGUGGCUCUCUGUCCCCCGGAGCCAAUGGGGACGCCCAGAUCCAUUCGCGUUAGCAAGCGCAAUAGAGUCAAACCGCCACCUCCCCCCAGACGGGACCUUGGGUUGCCCCCUGGGGCAUUGGUGGGGCAAACUGGGGAUGGUUCCCCGGCAGCAAAAACCUGUACCAGAAGGGUGGGUCAGUACACGCUGGUGGAGCUGGGUAGUGGUGCAGAGCCUCAGUGCAACGAUGAUGCUCAGGACAAAAGAUCAGAGUGGGUUUGACUGCUUUCAUUUCCAGGUUAUUUUGAAACCUAGGAGUGGGGCACAUGGAUGUGAGAGUAAUAUGAGAAAAGGAUUGAGUUAGCACAGCGGCAGCAACUGUUGGAGCCGACAUCCUGCCCUGCUCUCAACCUCAGUUGACAACACAGACUGCGCUGCCACUCGGAGAAUCCAGAACAGCAAUUCAUUCACCGAGACGCCUCGGACGUAUGAGGCACACCAUCGUAGCACAUUGCCUUUUGUUUCUAUCCCAGUGACGCAAAACGACAAGAAUUCAAGUCACGACUUAGUCAUAACAAAACAGGUCAGGUCACUCGAGCCUCAAGUGUCCCUGAGCAAAUCUCAACCUUGAGAAAGUCUAAAAAGAGUGCAGUCCACCUGUUUGUCCCCUUGUUGGCUUUCCCCUACCACCAAUGACAGACUGUUCAUAAACAAAGGCAGGCCUUGACUUUUUCCACCUACACAAACACCCAACCCUACCAUUGUCAUUCUAUGUGAUACACCCAAAGACCCCCUCUGAUGUGUGUGGGUCACGGGGGUUAAUGUGGAUGCAGGUAGCCUAUGGGCCCGGCGCCUGGAUGUUAAGGUGACCUUUCAGGAGGUCGAAACGAGAGACAAUCAUCCCGCUAAGGUGCUGUUACUGGGCUCGUGGAAGAGAAUAGGAUUCCUCCGUCAGCAGUGAAGGACACGACGAAGUCCCCUUAAAGCCAGCAUAGGAUCACAAAGCAAUUACGCUCCCCCAUAGGGGCUCUGUAUUUAUGGAGACAGCUUGUCACUCUAUUUCAGGGCCUCGUGGAGCUUAGGAGGAAUACAAGCCUUAACAUACACUGACACUAGAAAUAGAGCACGGCGGAGCUCUGCAAAGGAGCAGCGUGGUCUGAUGCCCUUCAGGAUGUCUGCACCCGGCUCGCUUUGGUUUCACUUUGAUCAAAGCUCAUUCGCUAAUGUGGAUCGGACACCUGCAUCGCACUGACACAUGUCGAUCACAGACGUUACGAUAACAAUCGAAGCAUAUAUUGCUUUUUGCUGAAAGGCUUCUGGGUUUGUCAGCAGUUUCUGAACAUCCCGGGACUCUGACACUCCCACAGUAAAUCAGCAGCAUCACCACUGGAUUGUCGCUCUAUAGCUCAGGGGUCGGUCUUUGUGUAAAUGGAUAGCUUUUGAUCUUCCUCCUCUUCUGGGCUCCUUUGAAGCAGCACAAAAAGCUCCCGGCGUCAUAUCUCACCUGUAUCCAUGGAGCGCUGCGCCCAAAGAAGCUAGACCACAGCGGGGGGGGGUUUCACAGUGACGCGUCUUCUGCACACACACCCAGUGUUGACUGUAAACGCACGACCUUACUUUCACCCAAGCUGGACUCUGUUACACUUGUUGAUCAUUGGUUUUCUGCACUCUAAUAUCUGUUGGUAGAUGAACAUUCUCGAAAUGAGUCCUAUGAAGAGCCAUCAAGUGUUAUUUUU